AUGUCUUCGAGAGGACCAGAACGGAAAUCAAGAGCCGGCAUCGUCAGUAUAGAGCGUCAGAUGAUGCAAAAAUCUCAAAAAAAUUCGCAGAGCGUCAAUCAAGCCUUUGAAGAUUUGUCAAAGUUGAUGGGUUCGGCAAAGGAAAUGGUGGUGUUAGCGAAGAAUAUAGCUGAGGAAAUUCGUGCGAAACGAGGAGCCAUUUCUGACGACGAGACUGUGCAGCUGAAAUCCUAUCUGCUAAGCUUAGGCAUCGACGACCCAGUAACCAAGGAAGGCUCCAAGUCGUCUUAUUUCUCUUGUCUUGCCGAAGAAGUGGUGAAGAUUUUGAAACAGCCAAUAGAGGACUGUGGUGGUAUCAUGACGUUAACUGACGCUUACGUGCGAGUCAACAGAGCACGUGGAUUCGAGGUGAAGCAGUGCGCUGGUAUUUCCGCUAUUGAACUGUCUGAAACGGUUCGUUUGCCAGUGAUAUUGGCAGGAGAGAGAUUGUUGCUUCUGGAAGAAAAGGGACUUCUCUGUCGGGACGAAAGCAUCGAAGGUUUGCGAUUCUUCUUCAACUUGUUCUUGCAUGAAAGCUCUGACCUAUGA